AUGGCCCCAAUCUCCAUCAAUCCAGGCAAGAAACCCUCCCGCCCCGAGGAGUCCUUCACCCAAAUGGCCGACAAAGACCUCGAAUCGAUCGGCCGGCACUGCGAAUUCGAGUACUGCAACCAACUCGACUUCCUCCCCUUCCGCUGCGAAUCCUGCCGAAGUACAUUCUGUCUGGACCACCGCACCGAAACCGCGCACCGCUGCGCGCAAGCCGGCGCAUGGGCCCGCCGACGCACCCCGGCGCAACUAUCCUCCACCACCACCAGCAGCAGCACCAGCAGCACCCAAAAACCCACCAUCUACAACUCCGACCAAUGCGCCCACCUCAGCUGCAAAACCCUCAUCAACACCCUCACCGACCCGGCCGUGCGCUGCCCCACCUGCACAAGAGAAUACUGCCUCAAGCACCGCCUCCGCGAGGAACACGACUGCGCCCCGCUUGCCCCGCUCCCGGGCAGCGCAGGCGCAGGCGCAGGCGCAACCCCCAACGCGAACGAAACCAUCCGCUCCAUGUUCGCCCGCGUGCGCACAUGGGGGAAAGACAAAUCCCACGCGCUGACGCCGAAACCGAAGCCGGAUUCCCCCGCGGCGCGCGCGCUGCAGGUGAACGCCCUGAAGAAGUCCGCCAAGGGCGACGCGGCCGUGCCCGCGGACAAGCGGCUCUAUGUGCAUGUGGUUGGGACGUCGGACACGCACGGUGCGCAGCCGCCUGCGGGGGACUUCUGGUUCGAUUCGCGGUGGAGGGUUGGGAGGGUGUUGGAUGAUGCGGCGAAGCGGCUUAGGGUGGAGAAUGUGAAUAAUCGCGCGGGCGAGGAGGCACGGUUGCGCUUGUUUCAUGUGGAGUCCGGGGAGUUUUUGGAGUUUUCGGAUGUGAUUGGGGCCGGGAAGGUGGAGGUGCAUUCGGGGCAUACGAUUGUGUUGUUGAGGGGGGCUGGGGUGAUGUUGGGGAAGUGAUUUUCUUUUCUCUCUCUCUCUCUCUCUCUUUUCUUUUUCUUUUUCUUCUCACGACGAGGUACUUGGUCUACGCUCCUGUUGGGUUGGAUAAUCUUGGGUCAUCUUGCAAUAAAUAAUUGCAUAGCAUGCAUGC